CGGCGGGCAUUUUCGAAUCAUGCUUUCGAUUCAUCGCUGGACAUGCCCGAUAAUGAGAUGAGCGUUGAUAUGGAGCUGUCACACUGGUACGCUCACGUCAAUAACAUGGCAUCUGAUACUGCUGAUGGACAGAGCAGCGAUAGUCAUGUAAAUGCUGAGAAGAAGCCACCUAAAUAUGUUGCGUUCUUCUGA